CAUCAAUUUCAAAAGCACUUUUAAAUUCAAACCCAAAUGUUAAUUGUUCAAAUACCCAAUUAGUUCUACAUGUUAUCACCAAACCAAACCACCAACUUGAUCAUUUCCAAGCAACCCAGACCUGGAAAUCACCAAGCCAAGCAGCACAAUCCCACCAAAUUCACACCCAAUUCAAAUUCCAUGAGGAACCCAUCUCUUACAAUCCUGCAAUGAACCACACACCUUCCACUUUAUCCCACUCUCCCACACUCUCCUCUCUCCACCACCACCCGAUUCACUUCCACCGCCAUAGCCACACUGCUUUCAAUUCCGGCCCUUCUUCUUCGUUUCUGUAUUCUGCUUCACUUGCAAUCAUUCCCUUCGCCACCCGAUCACUGGUUCUGAAGCUUUUCCGCCAUUUCCGCUGUGCCCAUUUGCUCAGAGUCCACUGCCGCUUGAUUGUCCUCUUCUUUUUGCCUUCCCUUUACUUCAUCACCAGUUCCCGCCGCUCUUUCGCUCUCGAUUUCCUCUCUGUGAUCGCUUUCUCGGCGGCCCUUUUGAUUUCUCUCAACAUUGCACUUCCCCGUUUUGUUUCGACUCGGUUGUUUCUUUCCCGCUCUUUGCCAAUCAAGCUUUGUUCGUCUUCCUGCGUCUCUAAGCCCGCUCAGCCUGUUCUUUGGUCAAUUGGAUCGAAGCCAAAGUUGGACAAAAAGCCGAAUUCGGGGUCUUGGGUGCAGGUGUAUAGUAAUAAGGAUGUUUAUGAGGGUGAAUUUGAUAAAGGAAAAUGUUCAGGAAGUGGGGUUUAUUACUAUCAUAUGAGUGGGAGGUAUGAAGGUGAUUGGGUGGAUGAGAAGUAUGAUGGUUAUGGUGUGGAGACUUGGGCCAGAGGUAGCAGGUAUCGCGGGCAGUAUAGGCACGGCUUGAGGCAUGGAAUUGGGGUGUAUAGGUUCUUCACCGGUGAUGUUUAUGCCGGAGAGUGGUCUAAUGGGCAGUGUCAUGGGUGUGGCAUACAUACUUGCGAGGAUGGAAGUCGGUAUGUUGGGGAGUUUAAGUGGGGUGUCAAACAUGGACUUGGUCAUUAUCAAUUCAGAAAUGGUGACACAUAUGCUGGGGAAUAUUUUGCGGACAAGAUGCACGGUUUUGGAGUUUAUCAGUUUGGGAAUGGCCAUCGAUAUGAAGGAGCCUGGCAUGAAGGUAGAAAGCAGGGACUUGGCAUGUACACUUUCAGGAAUGGGGAAACACAAUCUGGUCACUGGCAAAACGGGGUCCUAGAUAUUCCCAGUGCGCAAAAUACCCAACCUGGAUCUUCUUAUUCUGCCAACCAUGCCAAAGUGCUUAAUGCAGUCCAGGAAGCACAGAGAGCUGCUGAGAGAGCAUAUGCAGUGGCCAAAGUAGAAGAAAGGGUGAACCGAGCUGUAGCGAUAGCUAAUAAAGCAGCAAUUGCUGCACGAGUUGCGGCUGUAAAGGCUGUGCAAAAACAAGUACACCCAUUGUAACAAUGACAGCAGCGGCACUACCCGCAUUCACCUGAUGUUCCGAUCAAUCACCCAUCAUGAUUGUGUGACAAAGCCACACAAGCAAAACUACCGCGUAAAUCAGUAAAUGGGUUUGUUUUUCUUCUCUUCUACUUGGUGUCUUUGCUCCUGCAAUUAUUUUGAUGGGGAAUGCGAGGUACAUACCUGGAACCACAUUCAGUCAACUAUAGUUAUGGCUGAUUGAGGAGCAGGCCGGUUUUCGCCUUUUUUUUAACCUUCUGGCCUUUCAGCAUUAUGUACAUAUGAUGAGUAAGAGUGCAAGUUAUAGACCAAGGUUUGUGAUUCUACGUUUUUGCUUCCUAUUGUAAACGUUACUGGUUAUUGUUAUAUAUGUAAUUUUGCCUGGA